GCAAUUCAAUGAAAACUACUUUUAAACAGGUUAAGAAUACAAGUUGUAUAUCUCGUCUGAGUUCAGACUACAUAUUUUAGAAGAUAGUGUCAUCAAAAAAGUACUUAAUGUUUUACAAAAAUGUUAUAUGUGCCUCGUCUACAUACUCUGCAAUGGACUACUUUGAUUUUAAUAACAGUUGUCUGUUUGAUGUCUUAUGUGUGGUUUAAUUGGGAUAGUGUCAUUGCUUCAGAAAGAAAAUAUGCAAAUCUGUCAGUAGAUCAACUAACUAGUCAAUGUUCACCUAGAAAAAAUGUAGUGUUCCUAAAGACACACAAAUGUGCAAGCUCCUCCAUUCAAAAUAUCUUCCUACGAUAUACAGAUAAGCAUAAUCUAACUUUAGUACUUCCAUUGUUUUCUAGCACUAACUAUUUGUCUUCUACCAAACCAUUUAAUCGAUCUAUGAUAGGAAGAGUUCCCUGGUCAUCGUUUGGUUAUAAUAUUCUGUGCCAUCAUAUGGUGUUCAACUAUCCAGAAGUGAAAGCAUUGAUGCCUUCAGAUACUAUUUAUGUCAGCAUAAUACGAAAUCCUGUUAGUGUCUUCGAAUCCUUAUAUGUUUAUGGUAAUUUAAAGGAUUUUUUUAACAUGAGUCUUCAGGAAUAUAUUAAAAAUACGAAAAAUUUAUCUAUGAUUGAUACGUUAAAAAGAAGACUUGGAGGAAAUCUCGGAUAUAAUCAAAUUAUAUACGAUUUCGGCAUGUCUCCGUCAAAUUUCGAUAAAGCAGAUGUGAUAAAUAAGACAAUUACGAAUAUUGAGAAAACUUUCGAUUUAGUAAUGAUUGCUGAAAUGUUUGACGAAUCUCUAAUUUUAUUAAAAAAUUUAAUGUGUUGGAAUUUUGACGAUGUGGUAAGUUUCGCAAUAAAUGUCAGGCAAGAUAUCUACAAGACUCAACUUAAUGAAAGUGAAAAAGUUCUUCUGGACGAAUGGAAUUCCGUAGAUAGGCAGCUAUAUGACCAUUUUCUAGAAAUAUUCAAAAAGAAAUUACAGUUUGUUAAUCAGAAUAAACUGAAAGACGACGUUCAGCAGUUGAAAAAACGCAGGCAACUAUGGUAUAAAAGAUGCGUUAAAGAAAUUGUUAAUGCUGAACAAACAAAUAAAAACGAGAGUUGGAACAAAAUGGUCCAUGCUUAUAAAUUAAAAGAUGAAGCCAAAUUUAGUUCAAUGUGUCAAAAUUUAGUGAAAUCUGAAAUUCAGUAUACCAAAGAACUGAGAAAAAAGCAAUUGCUCAGGAGCAUUAAAGAUAAAGAUACAUUUGAAGUAGAAGAAAUGUUUUCUGAACUAGGUAUAGAAUUUCCAGAUAUGAUAAAUGUAGGAAAGAAAGAUUUAAAAAAUGUUAUGCUUGCCUUAUCAGAGAUUUAUCAGCACAAAGAUGAUGGUUUUCUUCCGGUUCAAGUAAGAGGUUCUCAGUAAUGUAAAGCAUCAGUUUCAAACCAUUGUGCCACGAGAUGAAUUAAUGUAAAUAAACUAUAAAAAUAUAUUAAGUUUAAUGGUUAAUUGUGACGAUAGCAAAUGCUUGUUUUCAUAGCAAUUUCAACAACUGAAACAGCAAAUAAACUUGGGAAAUCAAAAGAAGUAUCAAAAUAUGAAACAUAAGAUGGAAUAUUUCAAAAGAAACAGGAUGAUUCUCCACCGAUAAGAAUGACUGUGGGUUGACAUUGAUGGUUAUGUGAACAAAAUUUUGACACUGAUUUCGAGUGAAAGUAACUUCGCGAUCGACCUGUUGGCUGGUCACAUAAUAUUUCACAAUAAAGUUUGCCGCCAGUCCAAAUAGAUUGGGAACAAGCAUUGUAAAACAUUGCUUGUUCCCAAUCUGUAUAUUUAAAUUUUGAUUUAAACAUCAAAAUUUAAAUAUACUGUACUAUUCUAAAUCUUUUCAAUCUGAAUUCAUGAAAAAAACUUAUUUUUAAAUUAAAAUUGAGAUGUUUUAAAUAAUUAAUGUGUGUUUAGGCGAAUUUGCUUAAAAUUGUUCCUAUAUAAAUGAUAAUUUAUAUCGUUGUUAUAUUUGUAAUUUUAAAGUUUGCUUAUUAAAUUAUUAUGAAUUUUCUAAGUUGUUUAAAU